CGAAACGUCAAUCACGCUUCAAAACAAUAAUAUAUUUCACCAUACUGCAGGCGCAUCGACGGAAUGUCCGUGUAGAGCAGAAAAUGCGCGUUAUUUCGGGACAGUUUGGAAAAACGAGUCUUCCAGUUAGUUUGCUUACCGCCCUGAGGACAUCGUCGGUAGGAUGUUGGCGGUUCUACUGUGAUAAACCGUCCGGCAAGGGCGCGGCCGCAGUGGCAGCAGCACCACCCCACACAGCCACCAGCAAUGAGCAGGAAGUUCGCGUUCGUUUUGCACCUAGUCCAACAGGCUACAUGCAUCUCGGUGGGCUACGGACAGCGCUGUACAACUAUCUGUACGCCAAAGCGCACGGUGGCAAGUUUGUGCUGCGCAUCGAGGACACCGACCGGGAACGGUUCGUAGAGGGUGCGGCGGACAAAAUGUACGCCGAUCUCAAGUGGGCCGGCGUCGAACCGGACGAAGAUCCGUACAAAGGUGGACCGCACGGUCCGUACACCCAGAGCCAGCGGUACGAAAUCUACAAGCAGGAGGUGAAAAAGCUGAUGGAAGAUGGCCGCGCGUAUUACUGCUUCUGUACCGAGCGUCGGCUGGAGCUGCUGCGCAAGGAAGCACUCCGGCUGCGCCAGGUGCCGAAGUACGAUAACAAGUGUCGCCACCUGACGCCGGGCCAGAUUGCGGAGCGGCUGGCGAAAAACGAUAAGUUCUGCAUUCGCUUCAAGCUCGCCUCGAAGGGGGACGAGUUUAACGAUCUGAUUUACGGUAAGAUCGUGUACUUCAUCGCACAGCAGGAGGGCGACCCGGUCAUCAUCAAAUCGGACGGCUUCCCGACCUACCACUUCGCGAACGUGGUGGACGAUCACUACAUGCGCAUCACGCACGUGCUCCGUGGGGUGGAGUGGCAAAUCUCGACCCCGAAACACAUACAGCUGUUCCACGCGUUCGGCUGGCGGCCGCCCCAGUACGCCCAUCUGCCGCUCAUCAUGAACCCGAACGGAUCGAAGCUUAGCAAGCGGCAGGGCGACGUGCAGCUGGAGCACUACCGCAACAAUGGCGUUUUUCCGCAGGCCCUGCUCAACUACAUCACUCAGAGUGGCGGUGGCUUCGGACGGGAGCUGCUCGACAUCGACGCACCACAGCUGACCGAUCUGAUACGACAGUUUGAUCUGAAGAAGAUCAAUGCCAACUCGAGCCGGCUAAAUCCGGAGCUGUUGAAGCACUUCAAUCGGGCGGAAAUCAGGUACAAGCUGCAGCACGACAGUGAAGCCGCCGAACGGAUUGUCCGCGAGGUGACGGAGAUGGUGCGGAAGGAGUUCGCGAAGGACGUGAAAAACCUGCAGCUCAAUCCGGAGCACGUGCGGGAUGUGCUGAGCUGGUCGCUGCCAAGGAUAGACUCGCUGCAGGAUCUGGUGAAGAGCAAGCUUUCCUUUCUGUGGGUACUGCCCAAACCCACCAAGCAGCAGAUAAUCGACGCCGACAUUCUAGCAGUGUUGGCAAAGAACCUCGCCGCCGAAGCAGAAGUGCCGGAGUUUAACAAAUCGGAGCUGAGCCGUUUCAUUAAAUCGUUCGCCGAACGAAACCACGUUGCAUUUGAGAAGCUGAUGAAAGCGCUCCGUUCGGGACUGAGCGGACUGCAGGAAGGUCCGUCCGUGCCGGAGAUGAUGGAAAUACUCGGUCGGGAGAAAACGGUCGAGCGAAUUGAACUCGCUGCCGGGCGACACAAGUAAUUUUGGAGGACAGUACCCUAAAGUCCACUAGCUUUAUUGGCGGUUCGUAUAGUUGCUGUUUGUUUGUUUGGGGGUUGAAGAUGAUCGUUGCUAAAUGUAUAACCUCACACACAAAGACCGACUGGGAUCGUGUAUGUGUGACGCUAUGUACAUUGGGAAAACUAGACUUUCAAACCAAAUGUUGCGUAAAAUAUAGAAUUAAUAUUAGUGUUGAAA